GUCAUUUUCGCGUCUCUUCUCAUUCGCACAGAUUUGCGCGAAGUGUAACAUUAAUUGUCACCGUUGCAUACAGCUGAUUGUAACAAUGUUUGCAGAUGCCUUUCAAGCGACCGCUGCUAAGCUCGCAUACAACUGAUGACUCUGAAUCCCAGUCGGACUCUUCUCACGGCGGACCUUCCAAGCGACGCCGGGUCAGUUCACCACGGAAUAUCGAGAAGGACAAAACCGUUCUGGUGUACAUCUUACAGGCCAAAAUCGAUCCAGAAAUGAUGUCUGAGCUUGCCAUGCUAGUCGAGAACUAUAAAGUUGAGCGUGGUAACGAGAGUCUUGAAGGGCCAACCAGCGUUAGCGAACUCAACCUUGAACUCACUGGCGAUGUUGAGAAGGCGGAUGUCAUUGUCACCGCAACUAACAUGAGGCAGCGCUUGGAAAGGCACGUUGAGUGGAGAAUUGCGAAAACGAAGGCCAUCGUAACACCAUUAUGGCUUCAAGAUUCUGUGAAAUCCGGUCGGCCCGUUCCAUACGGCAGUUAUAUUGCAGUUCAUCACCUGGAAGACGAAACUUCGCGAAGUCACGACACUGUCCAAGACGCCUCAUCUGGAAGUCCAUCCAACAUGCCCUCUGAGGCAGAGAAGCAAAGUUGUUGGCAGACAGAACCAACUGAACUCAUAGAUACUACCGAAGUGGAAUUAUUGUCGCACACUGCGAAAUACAGUUGUCUACGACCGUCGCCACUUGUCUGCCCCAAUCAAAGUCUAGUAAAAGAAAUUGAUGUCAUUCGACAAGGCAGGAAUGUCGAAGGGGAGGAAAGGAGUAUGCUCAGCUACUCCAGGGCUAUUUCUGUCAUCAAGGCUUACCCGCAUGUCAUAACGAAACACAAUAUCCGAGAUCUCCACGAGCUACCGUUCUUAGGAGUGAAGAUCCUCUCAAUGAUCGAGGAGUUUCUAAAGACAGGCCAAAUAACCGAAGCGCAGAGAAUGUUGGCGGAUCCGCGGUUUCAGUCACUUUCUGCUUUCAUCACAAUACAUGGCAUCGGACCCCACACUGCUCGCCGUCUUUAUGACCUUGGUCUCCGUACGCUUGAGGAACUUGAACGAUAUUAUGAAGUUAAACCAGGCGUGUCUGACGAAGAGACAAUGCCACUACUUGAUGCUGAAGCAAGCGCAAAUACAGAGGCUGCCGGGGAACAGUCGAUUAAGAUCGGGCUGGCUCUACGACACGACUUGGGUCAGACCAUUCCACGCGACGAAGUAGAAGAAAUUAAUGGGACCAUCAUGCGAGAACUCGGCCACAUCCAGAAAGGGUGCAAAAGCGUGAUCGCUGGAGGUUACCGCCGAGGAAAGCCACAAAGUAACGAUGUUGACAUAGUCAUCACCCAUACGGAUUGGAACUUGGGGUCUCAGAAAGUGAAGGGUCUGUGUAGAAAGCUUGUGCAACGACUGCAUGAACAAGGCCUCGUCACGCAUGUCAUGCAUCUUUCGGGAUUCCACGAACACAACGUGUUGCGCACUCAUCACUGGGACUCUUUAGAGAAGGCUCUAACUGUGUUCGUAUCGCGUCAUAAUUCAUCGCGGCAGAACGUUUACCGACGUGUGGAUCUGAUUUUUACUGCACCGGAAGUAUUUUGGACUGCAGUAGUUGGGUGGACUGGGUCGACGAUGUUCGAAAGAGACUUACGGUUAUGGGCGAAGCAGCAAAAGGGAAUGAAAUUUGAUAGCUCUGGGAUAUCACGACGUCAUGAUUCCAAAUUGUACCAUCCCAGAACGGAACGUGAUGUAUUCAAAGUACUUGGACUAGUUUACAUUCACCCAACACUGAGGAACGCGGAUGCAUGAUCCGAGUGGCUAUCUUCAACUUUCCCACUUGCAUGUUCUACAAUUCGUUAUAUUUCGACUCCAUUUUCCAGCAUUCCCCGCAUAUAUUUUAUGGUUGCUUCCGCAGCUAUGCAAUAUACUCAUUUUCGCCUGAAUGAUAUUCCUAAUGAUAGUCUCC